AUGGCGGACACUAGGAUUUACCCAGAAACCCCUGCACCGGAAACGCCGUUACCGGUAUUUCCCGAUUCUUUGCCGCCAGGAGAAACAGAAACUCAAAGAGUGGAUUCCACUUCAGACGUAAGUGACCAUCCUGAAUUCAAUGUUUCCAUCACAAAAACUGCAUCGGGCGAAUCAAGCGGAAAGAAAAUCUUAGUCAAGGAAAAAAACAAAAAGGUGGACGAGCCAAAGCCGGCUGAAGAUCUUAGAAGAGUCGUUCUUAAUGUUGGAGGUACAAGGCACGAGUCUUCCAUCAUGACGCUGUCCAAAUUCCCUCAAACUCGUCUGGGACGCCUGGCAAGUUCGAUGCAAACGUCAUCCUCCAACGAGAUUCAAACUGACCCAGCGCAGGACCCAGACUUGCCCGAAUUGUUCUUCGACCGAGAUCCAGUUCUAUUUGGCUUCAUCCUGAACUUUUAUCGGACAGGUCAGCUUCACGUUCCUUUGGGCGUCUGUGGGCCUAUGUUCAAAACGGAGCUAGACUUCUGGCAGUUGGAUGACCGCGAAAUUGAGCCCUGUUGCUUUGUAACGUAUGUCAGUUACGAGGAAACCAACGAGGCCCUGGCUCAGUUUGAUUACUCUGUGACGGAAACUCAGCAGUAUGACCAAGCAGACAGACAGACGCUGGGAUCGGACAGCUGCUGGCAGCGCUUCCGGCCCAAGCUUUGGAAGGGUCUACAAAGUCCGUACACGUCGACGGUCGCGAUGGUGUACGCCAUCAUCUCGGUGCUGCUGGUGUUGGUGUCCAUAGCCGUGUUCGUCGUGGAGACGUUGCCAUACUUCGGCCAGCACACUCUGCACUCACGGAAAGAGGCCGGCACCGAAUGGACCAGCGCUGACUUGAGGCAUGAUCUUGACAUCUUCUCCGACAUUUCCAAUUAUGAUAUCCUCAUCAUCAUCGACAACGGCUGUAACGCGUUCUUCUUCGUGGAGUACAUGGUGAAACUUUUAGCGGCUCCAUCGAAGAAGAGCUAUAUAGGUUCUCCGAUUUCAGUGAUAGAACUGCUGUGCAUUAUACCCUACUACAUGGCCAUGGCGAUUGUCUUCUGGCAUCACAAUCCCAUCGAGCUCUUCGACUUACUCCGGGUGCUGUACGCCACUCGGGUCCUGCGAAUCUUCCGAAUUUUCGUUCUCAUGAAGCAUUUCAUGGCGCUGAAGAUUUUGGUCUACACCAUCAAAGCCAGUACCAAGGAACUACUCUUGCUAGUGCUCAUUCUGCUCAUCGGUGUCAUAAUAUUUGCCUGCAUGGAGUACUACGCCGAACUACUUACAGAGAGUGAAGGGAAUGCGUCUGACUUUCCUAACAUCCCCAUCGCGUUCUGGUGGGCCCUGGUUACCAUGACGACAGUUGGUUACGGCGACGUGUACCCUAGGACCUGGUUUGGUUACAUCGUCGGCGCUGGUUGCGCCAUCAGCGGUGUGCUGGUCGUGGCUCUCACGGUGCCUAUCAUCGUCAACAACUUCUCCGUGUACUACACUCACGCCCAAUCUCGCGAGAAACUCAAACUGCGGAAGAAGCAGUUGGAAGACAGUACAAAGGCGAAAAAAUCUGUGGAAGAAGCCGCUGGGGUUAGGCUGGUCGUUCGGUGUCUUCUCGGCAUCGCUCCCGUACUGGAUCGGCCGACGACCCAUGCAAGGUAA